AUGGCAAAAGGCAAGAAGAAGAAGCUCAAGGCCCUGGGGAUCGGAAAACUGCCCGACGAGGAGGAGGAAGCGAAGAAGGUCCCAAUUGAUAAUUUGCCGGAUAAUUACUUGUGGAUGCACGUGAAGCACGGGACGAAAAUUCGCAACGUACUGGAGUACGCGCUGAAGCACUUCCCGGAGCGCGGAUCGAUCGUGUGGUCCGGCGUGGGUAAGAGCAUCAACAAGACGAUGUCGUGCUCGCAGCUCUUCAAGAGCAAGCAUUCGGGGCUGCACCAAGUGACGAGGAUACAAGCCAUCGAGUGAGGAUCGGACGACAAAAAAAUCAAAAAUCACGUGCUGGAGAUCCACAUAUUCCUGUCGAAGAGUCCGACGCACGCAGGCGAGCUAGGCUAUCAAGGUCCGGAGGACGCCGGUGAGUUUGUCGAUCCGGAGAACCCGGAAGAGCCGGCAAGAGCCAACAACCGGCCAUCGACGCCGGCCGGCUCGAGCGGGAAGGUGACCAGUUUGGCGGCAGAGGAGUUCGCGGCGAUGGGCUUGCGCACCGGGCAGAAGAGGACCCGCAGGGACCAGCAGAACGACACCCCCGUCGUUAAGAGGAACAGAAAAAAGGAGAAUGCGAGCAACUGACGAUAGAGGC